AUAUAGACUACGGCAUGAUAGUUGAGCGUGGAAGUAUGUUUAAAGAAGGUGUCAUUUCUUCAUCAAGAUAUGUAGUAUCUAGAUCAAUAACUUGUUCCCCAGAAGUAUGUUCUAAUGGUUCUAUAUCGAGAACCUAG